AUGAAUCAAUCAAGAUUCAAUCCUAUUCUACCAAAACAAUCGCCAGCUCUACAACCCUCUUCUCAACAACCAACUACUUCGGUAUUCUCAUUACCUGUUACCCCAACUACUAAUAAUACAUCAACAAAUUCAAAUCAAAAUUUAAUCAAUAAUUCUCCAAUUAUGCAAAGUGAUCAACGUGAAAUGGCUAGGAAGGCAUCACAUUCGCAAAUUGAGAGAAGACGUCGUGAACGUAUUAAUGACAAAAUCAUGCAAUUAAGAGAAUUAAUACCUGGUUGUUCGGAACAAGAAAAUAUGCAUAAACUUAGCGUGUUACAAAAUGCUAUUGAGUAUAUCGAGUAUUUGCAAGCUAUUGUUUUUGAAUAUCGUCAACGUGAAAAUAGUAGUAGAGUUGAAGAUGCUUCACUAAAAGAACAACAAGUUGAGGGCGAAGAAGAUAAAGAAAAAGUAAAAGGAGGAGUAAAAGAUGAAGAGAAAAAGGGAGGUUAUGAUUUAGAUGGUCAAAAACUUGAAAAAAAAAAAGAUCAAGACGAUCAAGAAGAUGAUCAAGAUGGCCUAGAGAAUAAUCAAGAAGAUCCAUUAUCAUCGACAAAUGUAAGAAGAGGAGGAAUGACUGUUCAACAUUUAUUAUGUUAA